UCCCCCACCCUCCCCUCUCCAUUAUUCCUUUUUUUCCCCUUUUCGAAACCUUUCACAAUGUUAUCAUUAGCAUUUCUACAGGCACCAUCUCGGUGGGGGGAAAAAGCCAAGCCAAGCCUAGCUUAGGGUUUCUGCCAAACAAAGAAAGAAAGAAAAAAAAAAAUCACGGGUCAAAAAGAUCACAAGAUUCGGAAGAAUUGUUUUAUCUUUACACUUGUGUGUGUCUGUUAUGCGCAUCCGUAUUUCUUGGAUUUGUGGGUUUCGGCUCUGAGCCGUGAUGCGUCGCAAGAUGUGUGUGGUAGUGGUCUUGGCCAAAGCAGAUGACUUGUGAUUGUCGGAGUAAAAGGAGCGCUUUUUUUAUUUUUAUUUUCCAGAGACGUAUUGGUGAAGCAAUUCAUAUGCCUGUAUAGGUUUCUUUCUGUGUUUUCUGCUUCUGGGUUCAUUCAAUGCUGCAGCUUUAACCUUGUGAAAAUGGGAUCUCCCUGAUCUCCUUCUCCCUGGUUUUUGCCACUUGCUGUUAAAGAAAUGCUGGGUUUGCUUCUGUAGUUCUUGUUUGUUUAAUAAGGGGGAUUUCAUGGUAUUGGAGGAUCAGAUUGUAUUAGUGGCACAGUAUGGGUUUUCUUGGUGGUAUCAGUUUGCCACAAUGUAGAUAUGUGAUUUUCCCGGAUCAACGGAUGUCUGUUGAGGAUGGAGUAUAAGUAGAAUUUUGGUUUUUUUUGCUUUCUUGUUUUUUGGGGGGCAGAGUUGAAGUGAAUCUUGUUGAUUUUAACUGUUUAUUUAUGAUGGAAGAUAUCGGGUUGUUUAAGCAAGCAUGGAUAUGGUUACAAUCCAAGAAGGGCUGUUACUCUCCUGUGAGGAAAACCAUGGGCUGCUUAAGGGACAGAGUUUUGAACUUUAUAGAGCGGCAUUGGCCGAUGGUCUGUUACUGUUGUGUGAGGCUGGGGAAAGAUCUACUGAUGCUCUUAGGUUGCUGGAAGGAUUGUAUUAUUCAGGGAUUUAAGUCAUUUUUUGGGCUUGGAUCUGCAGCUUUGCUUGUUAUCAUGUGGAGUUGCUUCAUGAGUUUAACUUCACUCUCUUGCCUGGUUUAUGUGCUUCUUAGUAUGGGAGGCGCCGCGGCUGCCAUUCAGUAUUUAGGAUAUACUUCCGGACUUUUUAUUGUUGGCCUCUUUUCUAUUUUAAUUUUGUGGAUGUAUGCAAACUUUUGGAUAACCGGUGCAUUGUUUUUUGUGGGAGGUUAUCUAUUUUCUUCAAACCAUGCAAGGCUACUGGUUCUUAUGGCAGUUAUAUAUUCUAUUUACUCUGUCAAAGUUCGAGUCGGGUGGCAUGGAGUUUUUAUCUCUAUUAACCUUUCUUUCCUCUCAAAUGGAAUCCUCAACUACUUACUUCACCGGUAUGACAUCUUGCGCGAAAGCAAUCAAGACACUCAUUUUGAGGAGCAGCAUAUAGAACAUGAUUCUUUCAAUGAGGAAGAAUUCUCUACCGGAUACGAAUCUUCUAAUCACAGCAAUGAAAGCACUGAAAAGGUGCAUUCAUGCAAAUCAUCGAGCAAACCUUCUGUUACCACCACCACCACCACCACAGUCAUAACCAAAAAGACAGAAGUUUUAGCCAAACAAGUUUCCAAGGAUGACAUAAAUUCAUUAGCUGAGAUGAAGCGGAUUAUAAAUAGUGCCGACCACUAUGAAGCCAUAGGGUUUUCUCGCCAGAAAAAAAUCGAUACUCUCCUUUUGAAAAAGGAAUACCGGAAAAAGGCCAUGCUUGUGCACCCUGAUAAAAAUAUGGGAAGCCCACUGGCAAGUGAGUCAUUCAAGAAACUUCAGUCUGCUUAUGAGGUUCUUUCUGAUGCCGUGAAGAAGAGGGACUAUGAUGAGCAGCUGAGGAAAGAAGAGUCUAAGAUAGUGAUGCAUAGAUCAGCAGGGCCUUCUAAUAGAGACACUGCAUCGGAUUACUGCUCCGAAGAAUCUAGGUGUAUACAGUGUACAAAAUGUGGCAAAUCACACAUUUGGGCUUGCACUAAGAGGACAAAGGCUAAAGCCAGAUGGUGUCAGGAUUGCUGUCAGUAUCAUCAAGCCAAAGAUGGAGAUGGAUGGGUAGAACAUAGAGGAUCAUUGGGCUUUGAUCGACCUCAAAAGAUGGAGAUACCCCGCGCAUUUGUUUGUGCAGAGAGCAAGAUAUUUGACGUCUCAGAAUGGGCAAUAUGUCAGGGGAUGUCUUGCAGACCAAACACACAUAGACCAAGCUUCCACGUGAACAUGGUUGGGCUGGAGAAAUCAAACCAGAGGUCGACGAAUUCAAGCACCAGGAGGUAUCCAUGGGAUUUGGAUGCUGAUCAGGUGACAGACGAAGAAGAAGAAGAGUUUGAGCUUUGGCUCCAGCAAGCUUUAGCAUCCGGAAUCUUCACGGACACCCCCAAGCGCAGAAAGACUUGGAGUCCCUUCAAACUGAAUCAGAUGAAGGGAAAGAAGCAAUGGCGACGGUUCUCUUGAAAAACCCAAAGAACCCCCCCACAGCUUUUAGUCUGAUCAGAAAGAAAGAAAGAAAGCCAGUGAUGAUGAAUGCCAAGAUCAUGCUGCCAUGGAUUUCUGGAUAACCUCGUAACAAUGAAAAGAAAAAAAAAAGAAAAAGAAAAAGAUGGGAAUGAUUGGGAAGAGUCAAAAUGGAGCAUUAUAAAUGACUUGUUUCUUUAUUCCCCAUUUGUAAAUAAACAUAUUUGCAGUUUUUCUGGCAGCAUUUCUUUUUGCUGCAUUCAGAUUUUUGUGGAUUAAAGUGGGGGAACAGAAUGAAUCUCUACCACCCACCACCAUUGCCUUUCUCCUUUCAAUAAAUAAAAAAAAAUGAAUAACAAACCCAAUA